CUGAGGGGUCGGUUUCCAAGCCAACAAAGGAGGCUGGAUCAGGCAAAGGGAGAAAGGACAGGGACUCUUUUUCCCAGAAUUCCACUGAUCCAUUCCAAUGGCACCUUCUCCAGGGAGGAGAUGAAGAGGGGGGUUGGGAUAAUGAGGGUCUUUCUUCAGGCUCCACCUGGCCAUAUAGGAGAGGAAGAGGUGGGGAGGCACAUAAAACUAGGGUGGCAGAGAGUUUGGGAAUAACCCUUGGUGGCAGCAGCACCCCGUCAUUCCCUGAGUCUGAAAAAGAGGUUGUCCGAUGUGGAAAAUCCCCUUUGACCAGCCUGAUGGCAAAUGACGACUGCAGCAGCCCGCCAGACUUCUCUGUGAGCCAAAUCUCUGGCUCUGUGAGACCCAACCUGACACCACAGCACUACGAAAUGUCCCAGCUGCACACAGAUCCAAUUCUGAAGUACCUGAGCCUCCCAGGGUUUGUGGAGAUGAACGUGGAUGAACCCGUGGAUGAGAACGACACCGCGGCCUCUGGGCUCGAAUCCAGCCAGAGGCCCGGGGACGUCUUUCCCAGUGAGUUGAAAGUGGUUCCUGCAGUCCGGGUGGCCAACACACAGAAGGACCGUGAGGCUGGAUUGAGAACCCAAACGGGAGAGCCGAUGGCUGCAGGCCCAGGUCUGAGCUCCCGAGAAGAAAGCCACCAGUGCCCUGCACAGUCUGGAGCUGCUGGUUUGUGCGGGAGGAUGGGGUCUUCGCAAAAGCAGCUGCCCAGCCCAGACAGAACCCUCCGUCACCUACUCAAACGCUCACAAAGCUUGACGUGUGAAAGCCCAGCUGGGCGGGGUGGACGGCCCCUGUCCCACCUCUCAGACCAGACCGGGCAGUCAGACAGGGAGAGACCAAAUUGGCACUGGAGUUUAGCCUCAGAUCAGGCUUUGACAUGGACCACACACGAUCCCAGAACGCAGGGCAGCAGGAUACAUCUGUUACCCUCUCUGUGUGAUCCAGUACCCCACGGACGUAGUCAGGGACUCCGUGGGUGUGGUCAGGCUACCACAGUCGACAUGAGUAAGACCUUAAGCAGAGGACGUAGCAGGACCAAAGGAAAAUUACCGCCCGACCCGGUGGUAUGGAAGACAGCCAGUCUCAGGAUGCCAACCAGGGAACAUCGUGCCAUUGCUGAAAAUCCCAUGUCCCAAGCCAGCUGUGGGGCACAGUUCCCCAGCCCGGAGGUUUGGGUCCGCUCCCUGAGUUUGGGCUGCACCUCCAAGUCCAGACCGGAACCUCUCAGGGGUACGCACCUCAAUUCAGAGGAACCCCCCACUCGUUCAUCACCCCUCCAGCAUUUACCUCCAGUGCAACAGAGGCCCCCAGCUUCAGCCGAUCCUCAUCGCCCCUUUAAUCCUCCAAACUGGGCACCGGACCACCCAGUGCCACUCCCGCCCAGCUGGUCCCGGCCUGGCCAUGCCCCAUACACACAGAGGGAGCCAGUUGAAGAGGACAGGGUGAAGCAGCAGAGCAACGCGGGCAGGUGUAUAGAGGUGGCGAUGGAUGGGUCCAAGGAGGAGGAGGAGGGACGGGGUAGCUAUGCCAGCCAGAGCAGCGGCAGAGGGAGUCUGGGGCCGCUCUCAGGCCCAAGCCCCUCCCCCUGCCCCACCCUGCCCAGCUCCCCAGAGACCAUUCAGGAAAGCAAAGCUGGAGAAAGGAGACGUGUGUCAGUGGAUGAGAAUUACGAAUGGGAUGCAACCAUCAUAUACCUGGAGUCUGAUGCCCGCAAGGCAUCAGGUACCGGCCCAAACCAGGACAGGGAGGGGGUGAGGGGCUGUCCACAUCCUAAGGACCAUGACAGCAAAGGUGACCCCCUGAGACUCUCCUCCUGUGUGCUGAAGUACCAGAUCUCUCCUGGGUCCACCUGCUCUAGAACCCGUGACCCUGAUGCCGUGCUAUUCUGACUGCCCACACGCGAAGGUCCAUCCCCUUGUGUCUGUCACACUGUCCUUCUUACGAACACACAUGUCCGGGUACCAUACCUGUAGCUCAUGACACUUAAUGCAAGUGUGCGUUUUUUACACGUUCAUGGUUUAUUUCACCGAAAUGAAAGAUAACACAUAAGUAAGGAAGAUGCUAGUUCGAAGUUAGAUGCUAGAUGCUCGCCGAAGUUAAGGACAAAUAAUCUUUGACAUCAGAUGUUGGAUCACUGAUGCCUCAUGAAAGAGAUGAGGAUUUAAGACUUGAGUAAAAGACUCAGAGAAGUUGAUUUCUGUGAACCGAACAGGAUUAAGGUAAUUCAAAGGUAAAUUGUGCAUUGAUGAUAGGAGAGGUUUUUCCACAGUUAGCAUGGAAAUACUAAGACCUGUCAUUCUUUCUCAGCAAUAUUUCUGUGGAGGCUAUAUACCUGCCUAAAAUCACAUAAUUAACUGUAAUACACUGUUAAUUAUUAACAUAAUUAACAUAAUUAAGGUCCCACCUCUUCCCCUCUGAUUUAUGGGACCCAAAGAUAGCUGAGCCUCUUCCUCUCUGUGGGAGCUGAAAUGAAAUGGGACAUUUCAAAUGAAAGAUUAGUAGCAGUUCACUGAUCUUCACCCACUGAUUGGCACUUUUUUUACGUGGACCGGGGCCCAAUGACCUGUGGGCUGCAGGGUGCUGGUUGAUUCCGUUGUUUCGACAUGUUCAUGAGCUGCUGUCCUGAAUUUGGUAUCUGGCCUCCAGUAUAGCGCAUGUGGCACAACUGCAGCGUUUCCAGUUAUAUCCCACUGAAGGUGUUAAAAAGACUGUUAGUACGAGAGACCUACAUCAGUCCUCAGGCUGCCAGUAAUCUAGUCAUCAAGGGCAGAUGUAUUCUGCUGUCCUGCCAUGGUGGAAAGUGGAAUAAUAAGAUCAGCUGUGGACGUAAGAGACUCAUGUCCAUGUGACUGGAGGACAUGCCUCUCCAUACAGGGACUGUCCCACCAAUCAGAGGAAAUGUGUUAUAAUUGGUGUGUUCAUUACAUCUCAGAAGUAUGAAGUUUCCGACUGCCAAGUAGGAAAAGUCCUAUUGACAUCCAUUAUCGCACGAACGUGGUUGGGCCGGAGUUCCAAACUUCUGACAUGUGCAUAAGUUCUGAUAGAAGAUUGUACCAAUCAGAUGUCUCUCUCUUUGACAAAAUUCUGGGCUCCACCUCCCUGUCCUAUCUCCAGAUUAUUGCCACGAGGGAAAGUAAGGGUAGUGAUACGUUUGUGGAGCAUCAGUUCAGAUGAAAUUAUUUGUAUUCAGGCAUUGUUAUAUUUUUUGUUUGUCUUUGUGUGUUCAUUUUUAAUCCAUUUAGUACACUCAUAGAAUAACCUCCAUCUUGUUUAUUGUGAUGAUGUAUAUGGGGAGCAGAGUUUUCUGUUUUCUGUUCGUCUUUUAUAUUAGAUAUAGGGCAAAAAGCAAUUGUUCUCUUUUAAUAAAGGCACAUUAAUAAGAUAUUUCCAUGAAUUACUUCUAUUACUACCAAUACUAAUGCAGGCUAUAGUGGUUUUCAUGCAAUCAAGGUUAUCCAUUGGUCGUCUUUUAUUGCAUUUGCUAUAUCUGAUGGCUUACCUGUAUAUUUUAUUUUGAUUGUUUAUUUUUUUAAGUUACUAAACCAUAUUUUUUACUUUUAUACAGUGUGAUAUAUAAGUAUAUAUAGAAAGAAAGGAUGUUCUGCAUCUGGAAUUUGGUCACACUUUACAAUAAGAUGCAUGAAUUGGCAUUAACUAAUGUAGUUGUUGUUACAUUAAUUUACUGAUAUACAUGGAUAAGCAUUCAUGUAUUUAACUACUAACUAAUGUAUUGGUUACAUGAAUAUUUAUACUUUAGCAAACCAUAGGGUAAACUUAAAAUUAGUUGACCAUUAAGAAAUACAUGAACAGUUUUUUUCAUUCCAGUAUGAAUUGGCAUUAACUAAUGUACGUUAGUUUUACAUAAGUUAAAGCCAAUUCAUGUAACCUUAUUGUAAAGUGUUACCCAAAAUGUCUUUGGAAAAAUAUGGUUGGGGAGGCAUACUCUGCUGUUUGUUUGUGCGUUUGCUUUUUCUUUUGCAGUUAUUGAUGUAAAACUAUUUUUAUAUAUUUUCUUUGUAAAAAGAUUAAAUAAAGCACUACAUUUAA